UUUUACAGAACAAGGAUGUUAUAGUCAUACCUUUCAUACCUGUAAACAUUCUCAUUGUAAUGUUUGUCCAUUUAUUUUAGUACUCUCAUUUUCAAAUUAUUGUGGAACAAAUUUCUCAUAUAUGGCGGUAACUAAAGGGACAUAAUCAGCAUGGAACGAUCAUUUGUUCUCAUCAGUUUACAAGUUAUAGUUUAUAUUGGACAUGUGAGCGGUUUUUCACAACAGAGAUUCGAUGGUUAUUUUAAUAACCUGAUAAUACCAAGCCAAGGAAGUGCAGGGAAACCGCUCAAGCAGAACAUAACGACGGAUUACUCCGAUUAUACUUAUAAAGUAUCAGGACGAGAUCGACCAAGUCCAAGGCUUAUAAGCGAACAUAUUUCAUGCUUCCAAUUGAUAACCCACAUUAGAAUCUCAAGACUCGAGUUAAUGGAUGGGCAACUAGAGACUGAGAAAUUAGGCUCACGAAUGAUACGUAAAUUCAUUUUUUUAGUUUACCAUAAGCAAUACUCUCCAAUAAUAGAUGGACAGAAUAUCAAAAUUUGUAUACUCAUUAAAAACGAUCAUAGAAAUACACAUGGUGAAAGCAAUGUGAACGUGCAUUUUUUUAAUCAUCUCUCAAAAUUCUUUUCGAUAUUGAUCAGUGCGGAAGCUCGAAAAAGAACCGGACAAUCGAAUGACGUAACAAGAUUCAUGAAAAGCGAUUCUCAAGCUUCUAUCAGUAGUAUAGACAGCAGCUCCAUGGAUACAGCCCUUGGUACAAAUACUACCACCAAGCGAACUGGAUUUAUCGCUAUUCGGGAGACAUAUACACCUUUAAAAGCUAAAGUGAGACGCCUGAAACAUUUUGUGGAGAACAAUCGACAGCAUAUCUUCUAUUUAGUCAUCUUUUUUGGAAUUUGUUUCGGACUCUUUGCCGAACGAUUUUACUAUUAUACAGUAGAACGUGAACAUAGUGGUUUACGUGCACUAAUGAGUUACGGUAUUAGUACAACACGUGGAGCAGCGGCUGCAAUGUCUUUUUGUUACUCUCUCUUGUUACUCACCAUGAUCAGAAACAGCAUCACGUUUCUCAGAGGAACUUUCCUUAACUUGUAUGUACCGUUUGACUCGGUGGUGUCCUUCCAUAAAGUUGUAGCUUGGGCUGCACUCUUCUUCACGGCUUUGCACGUUGUUGGAUAUGGUUUCAACUUUUAUCAACUUGCGACCCAGCCAACUAAAUAUUUCUGUAUAUUUGACACAGUUGUAUUCAGAGCAGAUAUCUUACCUACAUUUAAUUUCUGGUUCUUCGGAAACGUGACAGGGUUUACUGGACUAUUGUUAGUGAUUGUAAUAUGUAUUAUCUAUGUGUUUGCCACACAAACGGCCCGCAGAUUGGUUUUUAAUGCGUUCUGGCUAUCUCACAAGUUGGUUGCAAUCCUAUACGUCUUAACUAUUCUACAUGGAGCUUCAAUGAUCGUCCAGAAACCAAUGUUCUACUUGUAUUUCGUUGGUCCAGCAAUUAUAUUUACGGUGGACAAGAUGAUUAGUUUGAGCAGGAAAAGAAUGGAAAUAUCCAUUGUGAGGGCUGAGAAUCUUGCCUCUGAUAUAACUUUCAUUGAAUUUAAACGUCCCCCAAGAUUUGAAUAUAAGUCAGGUCAGUGGGUGAGAAUUGCCUGCCGUUCUCAAGGACAGAAUGAGUAUCAUCCGUUCACGUUGACGUCUGCGCCACAUGAAGAUACCCUGUCUCUUCAUAUCAGAGCUGUUGGUCCGUGGACACAUGCGUUCAGAAGUUCGUUUGAUCAAGAUUGUCUGAAAGAGUCACCAUACCCUAAAUUAUUCCUGGAUGGACCAUACGGUGCCGGCCAACAAGACUGGUAUACCUAUGAUGUGUCAGUCCUCGUUGGAGCAGGUAUAGGUGUCACACCGUAUGCUUCCAUACUCAAAGAUUUCGUUCACAUGGCAACCAUCAAAAGUACAUACAAAAUUAGAUGUCAAAAAUUGUAUUUCAUAUGGAUAACAGGAAGUCAGCGACAUUUUGAGUGGCUUUUGGACAUUUUACAAGAAGUAGAAGCGAUAGACCAGAAGGGCAUUGUUUCAACUGAUAUCUUCAUUACUCAAUUCUUCCAGAACUUUGAUCUUAGAACAGCUAUGCUGUAUAUAUGCGAAGAACACUUCCAGAAAGUAUCAGGUGGGCGUAGCGUUUUUACAAAUCUAAAAGCCAGCACACAUUUCGGGCGUCCGCACCUGGGAAGUAUGUUUAAAACAGUUCACAGGACUCAUCCUAUGGUAAGAAAAGUGGGCGUAUUUUCCUGUGGUCCUCCAGGAGUAACCAAGAGUGUUGAAAGGGCGUGUGUGGAGGCCAGUAGAACGACCAAAGCUCUUUUUGAACAUCAUUUUGAAAAUUUCUAAACUAUUUUGACAAGAAUUGUCACUUGCAAACAUAUGAUUUAUUUCGUGAGAGGGCAAGUUUGCUAGUAACUUGAAAAAAAAACAAAAAC